CCUUUCCUUGCUUUAGUAAAUACUCGAGAGACAGACACCAUACCAAACCCCACCUCCUCCGCAAGCUAUAUUUUUAAUUUUUCAUACUCAUCAUCAAUUAUUACUACAAUAAUAACUUCACCUUUUUUUUUUUCUUCUUUUCCUUCUCUCUCUCUCUCUCUCUCUCUCUCUCUCUCUCUGUCUUUAUCCAUAACCCUCUAAAGAAAAAGAAAAACGAUUGAGGAGAAAAAGAAAAAAAUGCAGUCCAUGAUCAACCUCCAUGGAAGCUAUGGCCUACCUCUUUCUGUUUCUGGGAUCACCCAUCAUCUCACUCUCUCUAAAGAAAUGGUAGAUCAUGAUCGUAGAAGGGAAGCUAUAAAGAAGCAAAGAUCACAAGCUAGACAGGGUUUACAUGCAAAUCAGGAAUUGGCUAUUUCAAGGAACCUUGAAACAGUUCUUGAAAAUAUCCAAGAAGGUGAGGUAGAUGAAGAUUUAGCAAGUUUUUUGCAGGAUCUAUCAUUAUUUAAUACAGCAAAAGCUGCUUAGCUAGUUCUUUUAUUAUUUUUUUCUUUCCUUCUUUGAAAAAUAUCAAAUUGCUGUAUGCUUUUUGAAUUAAAUGAUUUUAUAUAUGAUGCUUUCGAUCCUAAUUAAAUUAAUUAGCUAAUUCUGUUUGAUGUAAUUUGCUAUACUAAAAAUUCUGUUUGGCUUGGUCUGGUAAUAUAUUCUUUUGAUGAUUUGUUUU